GGGCAGGAAAAGCAAAGAAUCACUUUUCUGUUCUUACAGUGUCAACUUCACCGGACUUUCCUACUCCGUUACCUUUGCCCAUCUUCCCAAAAUAUCCGAAAUAAAAUCCCACACUCCAUUCAGUGGACAUAAUCUGGUUUUGAUUUCCAGAACAAAAGCUACUAAACUCACAAAACUGAACUUCUGCUUCCGUAACACAUUUCCAUGGAAGCAUGGCUUGCAUUCUUGGAAAAAGCCAUGCUAUUACUGGAUUGUUCUGGCCAUGCUAGAGGCUGUUUCUUUGGGGAGCUGCCUCAUACUACAGAAAAGCUGAAGAUCCCAGAUGCUGCUGUCUGCCCAUACUGGUGUUGUGAGUUGCAUAACAAAAUAAGUGGACAGGUAAAGGCUUCUUGAUAUAGAUGAGAGUUUGUUCUACUUUGACAAUGGAGGAGUGGAAUAUAAUGCACACAACUGGUUAAUGAAUCAUUACAGAUGUUGGAGCAGAACUUAAUAGCACAGCUGUGAAAGGAUGGUGCUGGUCAGUAUUGAUUAGGGCCCGAGAAGGCUGCUGGGAUGGAGAAUUACAACAUCGAAUACUAAUCUGUGAGAAACAGACAAAUGUUUCUUAAUCAAGUCAUAAUACUAGUUACUACUGGUUGUUGCCAUACUGCUUUUUAUGUAUCAUGUCCUUCCAUGUUUUGCUGGUGUGAGAGUUUCUGCUCUUUGAAAUGCACUUUGGGUCUCUGUUGGUGUUUCCCACAGCCAGGCCGGUGCCAGCGGGCCGGGCCGGGCCGGGCGCGGGGAGCGCAGCGCCAAUGUGUGCCUGCGCGGGGAUGAGGGUCUCAUAAACCCACCGUAUUUCAUGAAAAAUAUCAUCAAUUUCAAUAGAUGAAUUACGCACGACCCAGCUUUAUAAUGCCUUCGACUGUUUUUAUGCAAUACAAGCGAAGGAGCCAAGGGUACUUCUUUGGAAAUACAACCUUUGAAGCCUAUUGUAAGAGCUGUGACCCUGCUGCCCAGCCUGGUGGCACCACGGAAGGGGGGGGGUCCUGCUUCCGGAGCCUUCCAGCCAGGCCUGGGAUAGAGCAGCCAGCGGGGGAGGCUGGGAGGCGGCGGCUGAACGGCCACUGUGUGACUUCUUAAUUUGUAAAUUUUCGUCAACGUUUGCACGUUGGCGUCACGGCCGUGUUUUGAUCGGGCUCGUACACCGAGCUCCGCUCCGCCCUGUGAGGGAGCGGGGGGGACGGCGGGCGCCUCAGCCGGCACAGGAAGGGGUGUGAGGAGCCGGCAGCGGAGCCUUAAACCUGGUGGAAAAGACUUUGGCUUCGUUAUGGACUGGAAAUGUUACUAAUGGCCCUUGUUGUUUCUUUCGGUUCUGAUGCAGGUUUCCCUAGGUCUUGCUUUGAAAUGGCUUCACUCCGACCGAACUGCAGCGAUCCCACCCACCUGCCCCAGGUGACAGGCUGUGGGUCAUGCAAAGUGCCAGAACCCUGCGGCUUGUCCUCUGGGGAGGAAACCUUUCUCUGUCAGAUUUGCUUGGUAAUUGCAUUUUCUGAAGUCGUAAUGCACUGCCUCAUCCCUCUUAAAGCUUUGGCAGCGUACCGACUUUUGUAAGUCUCUGACCUAAUUAGUUAUGACAGGUGUUUGGUUUAGUAGGGCCCCUGAUGCUACCAGAACUACCAUCUUUUCAAAUACAGAGUUUGUUCAGAUCUGAAGAAGUACACUCAGAAAUAUCAACUUCCUAGUACAGACUUGACUGCUUGUGCUGGUUCUAUUGGAUAUUUGGGGGUAUUUUUAUUCAGGAGUCCUUAAACUCACCGAUUGAGCUGUUCUGUAUCGAGUAGGGGAUUAAAACAAUCUCCUUACAACUGAGCAGUGUUAUUUUGCCAACACUAACUGCAUCUAAGAUAUGUGUUUCUUUGCCACCAAGCUGAACAUUCCUUCAGAAACCUUCCUCUUCCAGCAGUGCUUGCACAUGAGCAGUCUCAAGCCAUCACUGAUUUUAUGAGCAGAGUGCUGCCUUUAAAGAGUGAAGAUAGAUGUCCACCAUGACUAAUCACUCCAGAAGUUCAUGUACCUCCUCAACCCACGUGGAGUUCUCUACACAUUGUUGCUAGGUUAACAAGAAGUGUUGAUGCAGAAGAAUGAACUUCUUUAGACAAGUCAGACUUCUGCUUUGGAAGAACUGGAUCCUCCGGAAAAGACAAAAGCUUCGUUUUCUAGUGGAGCUUGUCUGGCCUCUGUCGUUAUUUUUUGCCCUUGUCUGGCUGAGGAAAGCUAAUCCACUGUAUCGCCAGCAUGAAUGUCACUUCCCAAACAAGGCAAUGCCAUCAGCAGGAACGUUGCCAUGGUUACAUGGCAUCUUUUGUAACAUGAACAAUCCCUGUUUCCGCAGCCCAACCCCUGGAGAGGGUCCAGGUGUGGUGUCCAACUACAAAAAUUCCAUCCUUGCAAGGGUAUAUAAAGAUGCUCAGGAGCUUUUGCUGGAAGGCCCUGAAAUCCAUGACCUUGGCAGAAUCUGGGAAGAACUGAUCAUUAUGACUCAGUUUAUGGAAACAAUGAGAACUAAUCCUGAAAGAAUUGCAGGAAGAGGAAUACGAAUUCUAGACAUUUUGAAAGAUGGGGAGACCCUCACCUCCUUCUUGCUGGAAAAUGUUGGCCUCUCAGAUUUUGUUGUUUUCCAGCUUAUUAAUGCUCAAGUACGCCCUGAACAGUUUGCCUAUGGUGUCCCUAACUUGACUCUGAAGGACAUUGCUUGCAGUGAGGUGCUCCUGGACCGCUUUAUUAUCUUCAGCAGCCGAAGAGGUCUCCCUUCUGUACACAAGGCCAUGUGUGCUUUGUCCCAGGAAAGUCUACAGAGAGUGGAAGAUGCCUUGUAUGCAAACGUUGAUUUCUUUAAGUUAUUUCAGCUGCUUCCCACUGUGUUGGACAGAAACUCACCAGGUGCUGACCUGAGGGCCUGGGGGAGGGUGCUGUCUAAUGUCUCCCACGCGGUGCAAAAGCUGGCCAGGAAGCCAAGUGUUCAGGACCUUUUGAUGGUCCUGCAACCAUUGCUACAAGCCGGAAGGCCAGAAUCCUUAGGCCAGUUGUUGAGUUCCCUGUCGGAUCUUUUCUGUGGCUACCCAGAAGGAGGUGGAUCCAGAGUGCUUUCCUUCAACUGGUAUGAAGAUAACAACUACAAAGCUUUCCUGGGGAUUGACUCAUCAAGGAAGAAAUCCAGUUAUCUUUAUGAUAAUACAACCACACCCUUUUGUAAUGCAUUGAUCCAGAACUUGGAAUCAAACCCUUUAACCAAAAUAGCCUGGAGUGCUGUGAAGCCCCUGCUGAUGGGAAAAAUCCUCUUUGCUCCUGAUUCACCUUCUGUACGGCAAAUCCUAAAAAAUGCAAACACCACUUUUGAGGAACUGGAACGCAUCAGACUGUUGACCAAAGCUUGGGAAGAAAUAGGACCUCAGCUGUGGUACUUCUUUCAAAACAGCCUGCAAAUGAACAUGAUCCGUGACUCUCUGAAGCACCCUACAGUGAGGGACUUCUUGAACAGCCAGCUGGGUGCUGAAGGCUUAACCGCUGAACACAUAAUCAACUUUCUCCACAAUGGAUCUCCAAGGAGCCGCGAGAAGGGAAUGGCAGACUUUGACUGGCGGAACAUCUUCAGUGCUGCGGACCAAGUUCUGCGUUUGCUCAGUCAGUAUUUGGAGUGCUUGACCUUGGAUAAAUUUGAAGGUUAUCUUGAUGAAACUCAACUGACUCAUCAAGCCCUUUAUCUACUGGAGGAAAACAAAUUCUGGGCUGGUGUGGUUUUUCCAGACCUAGAACCUACAACCAGCAAUCUCCCACCACAUGUGACAUACAAGAUCCGGAUGGACAUAGAUGCAGUGGAGAAAACAAACAAAAUCAAAGACAGGUACUGGGAUCCUGGUCCAAGAGCUGAUCCUGUGGAUGAUUUACGUUAUAUAUGGGGAGGUUUUGCGUAUCUCCAAGACAUGAUUGAGCAUGGGAUUAUAAAGACCCAGACCACUACUGAAGUGCCAUUGGGAAUUUAUCUGCAGCAAAUGCCAUAUCCGUGUUUUGUGGACGAUGUCUUCAUGAUCACCCUGAACCGCUCCUUCCCCAUCUUCAUGGUGCUAGCUUGGAUAUAUUCAGUGUCCAUGAUUGUAAAGAGUAUAGUGCUGGAGAAGGAAAUGCGUCUGAAAGAGGCUAUGAAGAACAGGGGUAUAACUAAUGGGGUGAUUUGGUGCACUUGGUUCCUAGACAGCUUUCUCAUGAUGACUGGGAGCACAUUCCUCCUCACAGUACUGAUUAUGCGUGGACAAGUACUACAUUAUAGCAAUCCACUUCUCUUCUUUCUCUUCCUACUGACAUUCACCACAGCCACCAUAAUGCAGUGUUUCUUGUUCAGCACCUUCUUCUCCAAAGCAAAUCUGGCAGCUGCCUGCAGUGGAGUCAUCUACUUCACCUUGUACCUGCCCCACAUCAUUUGCUUUGUCUGGCAAGACCGCGUGACUGUCAAUCUGAAGAUCCUAGCAAGUUUGCUUUCUCAAGUAGCUUUUGGUUUCGGUACAGAAUACUUGUCACGCUAUGAAGAACAAGGUCUUGGCCUACAGUGGGGUAACAUCAGAACCAGUCCCUUGGAAGGAGAUGAUUAUAGUUUUCUUUUUUCCAUUAACAUGAUGCUUUUUGAUGCUUUUCUCUAUGGAAUACUUUCUUGGUAUCUUGAUAACGUUUUUCCAGGGGACUAUGGGCUACCACAGCCUUGGUAUUUCCCUGUGCAGAAAUCUUACUGGCUUGGCUCUAGAAACCCACAAGAUGAGAAAACAGCAACUGCAGAUGAAAAAAUUCCAGAGUCAGAAGGCUGUGUGGAUCAGAAGACCAUGGAAGUGGGAAAAAAUGAAAGCAGAACAAAUAAAUCUGAAGAACCUGAAAAAACAGAAGAAAAGAAUGACAACCAGGGGAAGAAGGACGUAAAUACCUUCUUUGAGCCUGAGCCAACAGGACUGAUUCCAGGAGUAUGCAUUCAGAACCUGGUGAAGAUUUUUGCAAACAGGUCCAAGCCAGCAGUAGACGGGAUGAAUAUUACAUUUUAUGAGGGUCAGAUCACAGCCUUCCUUGGUCACAAUGGAGCAGGAAAGACAACAACCAUGUCAAUACUGACAGGCCUCUUCCCACCAACGUCCGGAACUGUGCUGAUUGGCGGCCUGGAUAUCCAGACUCACAUGGACUCCGUUCGGCACCGAAUAGGCAUGUGCCCACAGCACAACAUCUUGUUCAAUCACCUUACUGUAGCAGAGCACAUCUUGUUUUAUUCUCAAUUGAAAGGAAGAUCCAGGGAUGAAGCUGAGCAAGAGCUGGAAACAAUGCUAGAAGAUACAGGCCUCACCCAUAAAAGGAAUGAAGAGGCUCAGAAUUUGUCAGGUGGAAUGCAAAGAAAACUAUCUGUUGCCAUUGCUUUUGUGGGUGAAGCAAAAGUGGUAGUCUUGGAUGAGCCCACUUCUGGAGUUGAUCCAUAUUCCAGGCGAUCCAUCUGGGAUCUUCUGCUGAAGUAUCGCUCAGGCAGAACCAUCAUCCUAUCAACCCAUCAUAUGGAUGAGGCAGACAUCCUUGGAGACAGAGUAGCCAUCAUAUCCCAAGGGAAACUCUUCUGCUCAGGCUCUCCUGUAUUCCUGAAGAACUGCUUUGGCUCUGGCUUCUAUCUCACUCUUGUUCGCAAGAUGAGAAACACAAGAAUUGGAAGGGCUACAUCACUUUGUAGCUGUGGAUCUGGGUGCUCCUGUUCCUGCUCCAGCUGCGUGCACAGGGAUGAAGAAGGAGCUCCAGAGCUGGAACUGGAUGGAGAUCUAAAUGAGCUAGCAGAAGUAAUUCACCAUCAUAUUCCAGAAGCAAAAUUAAUUGAAAGCAUUGGUCAGGAACUCAUUUACCUUUUGCCCAAUAAAAACUUUAAACAGCGAUCUUAUGCCAGUCUCUUCAGAGAACUGGAGGAAACACUGGAUGACCUGGGACUCAGCAGUUUUGGAGUUUCAGACACACCACUUGAAGAGGUUUUCCUAAAAGUCACAACAGAAGCUGACCCUGCAAUGCAAAAAACAGGAGACACUCAAGAAAAUGGUUCUACUCUUGGCAAAACACCUACUGAGAACAAACCAGCUGAACAAAUCACACUGAAAACUAAUGACACUUCUCGAAUGCCACUAGGCAAAGCAGGAGAUCAAAAUGAAGGCAAAGGGUCGCGACAAUAUAAAGGUUUUCAGCUUGUACAUCAGCAGAUCAAAGCACUGCUCAUCAAACGGUUCCACCGUGCCUCCCGCAGCCACAAGGACUUCCUAGCCCAGGUUGUUCUCCCUUCUAGUUUUGUGUUGCUGUCUCUAAUACUUACAGUCAUUAUUCCUCCAUUUGGAGAAUAUCCCGCCUUAACAUUACACCCUUGGAUCUAUGGACAACAGUUUACUUUCUUCAGCAAUGAACGUCCUGGCAAUGAGCAGAUGGUCUCCCUUACUCAUGCUUUCUUGAAUAAACCAGGGUUUGGAAAUCGCUGCAUGAAGAAUCAGCCUCUUCUGAACUACCCAUGCAAUAAUAUGCCAACUGCCUGGAGCACACCUGCUGUUCAUCCUAACCUAAGCGGCCUGCUGCUGAGCCAAGAGUGGAGCCCCGAGAAUCCAUCACCUUCCUGCAAGUGCAGCACUCACAAGAAACUCACCAUGCUGCCAGAAUGUCCUCCAGGGGCAGGAGGCCUCCCACCACCACAGAGAGUGCAACGCAGCACAGAAAUUCUUCAAGAUCUGACCCAUAGAAAUAUUUCAGAUUUUCUGGUGAAAACAUAUCCCACUUUGAUAAAAGGAAGCUUGAAGAGUAAAUACUGGGUCAAUGAGCAAAGAUAUGGAGGAAUUUCUAUAGGAGGAAGACUUCCAGUCCUUCAUGUCUCUGGAGAUCAAGUUGUCAAUUUUUUAAGUGAUCUUGGCCAAAUGAUGAAUGUUACAGGAGGACAAACUUCACUGGCUGCUGCUAAAGAAUUUCCUAAUUUCCUUAAAUAUAUGGAAACUGAAGAUAAUAUUAAGGUGUGGUUUAACAAUAAAGGCUGGCAUGCUAUGGUUAGUUUCCUCAAUGUAGCCAAUAAUGCAAUCCUUAGAGCUAACCUGCGGACUGGCCAAGCCCCUGAGGAACAUGGGAUCACUGCUAUAAACCAUCCUCUGAACCUCACCAAGGAGCAACUCUCUGAAGUCACUGUACUGACCACUUCAGUGGAUGCUGUUGUUGCCAUCUGUGUGAUUUUUGCCAUGUCCUUUAUACCAGCCAGUUUUGUUUUAUACCUGAUUCAAGAACGUGUAACAAAAGCCAAGCAUCUCCAGUUUGUCAGUGGUGUGAGCCCUGUUAUCUAUUGGCUAACUAACUUCACGUGGGACAUAGUGAAUUACUCACUGAGUGCUGGAAUGGUUCUGGCCAUAUUCGCUGGAUUCGACAAGAAAGCGUACACUUCUCCGACUAAUCUGCCUGUGUUUGUUGCCUUGCUGCUUCUGUAUGGGUGGGCAGUAAUUCCCAUGAUGUACCCUGCUUCUUCUUUCUUCAGUGUCCCUAGCACUGCUUAUGUUGCAUUGUCGUGCAUUAAUCUCUUUGUGGGGAUCAACAGCAGUGCCAUUACCUUCAUCCUGGAGUUAUUUGAAAAUAACCCAUCUUUGCUGAAGUUUAACAAAACAUUGAAAAAUGUGCUGCUUGUCUUCCCACAUUUUUGCCUGGGCCGUGGGCUCAUCGACUUGGCCAUGAACCAAGCUGUGACUGAAGUAUAUGCAAGGUUUGGCGAGGAGCACGUUUCCAAUCCCUUUCAGUGGGACUUUGUUGGAAAGAACCUGGUUGCCAUGGCUGUUCAAGGGGUUGUGUACUUCAUUCUGAAUCUCCUUCUGCAGCGCCGUUUGUUCUCCACAAGAUGGUUUGCUGAGGCUGCCAUGUCACCUAUUAUUUGUGAAGAUGAGGAUGUUGCAGAAGAAAGAAAAAGAAUUAUGAAUGGAGAAAACAGAAGAGAUAUCUUAGAAUUACAAGAAUUGACCAAGAUUUAUGCAGGUCAGCGCAAGCCUGCAGUGGACAGACUCUGUGUUGGCAUCCGUCCUGGAGAGUGCUUUGGCCUUUUGGGAGUGAAUGGGGCUGGCAAAACAACAACAUUCAAAAUGCUGACUGGAGAUACUGAUGUGACAUCUGGAGAUGCUAUAGUGGCUGGCAAUAGUAUAUUGACCCAAAUUUCUCAUGUCCAUCAAAACAUGGGAUACUGCCCUCAGUUUGAUGCCAUUGAUGACCUGCUCACAGGACGAGAACAUCUCUACUUAUAUGCACGCCUGCGGGGGGUUCCAGCAGAGGAAAUCAAGAGGGUCGCUGAGUGGGGCAUCCAGAAGCUGGGCCUUCCUCUGUACGCAGACCACCUGGCUGGCACCUACAGCGGGGGCAACAAGCGCAAGCUCUCCACUGCCAUUGCGCUGAUCGGCUGCCCACCACUCGUCUUGCUGGAUGAACCAACUACUGGAAUGGACCCUCAGUCCCGGCGCCUCCUGUGGGACUCUAUUGUUGGUGUGCUCAGAGAUGGGCGAGCAGUGGUUCUAACCUCACACAGUAUGGAAGAAUGUGAAGCCCUCUGUACUCGUUUAGCCAUCAUGGUGAAAGGUACCUUCAAAUGCCUAGGCACAAUUCAGGAGCUAAAAUACAAGUUUGGAGAUGGCUACAUUGUCACUCUGAAAAUCAAGGCUCCAAAGUCUGGGUUGCCUCCAGAUCCUACUCCUGCUGAGCAAUUCAUACGCAUGAACUUCCCUGGGAGUUUACAGAGAGAGAAACACUACAACAUGCUGCAGUAUCAGAUUUGCUCCUCCUCUCUGGCUAAGAUUUUUCGGUUAAUAGUCUCCAAUAAGGAAAAUUUGCAUAUUGAAGAAUAUUCUGUGUCUCAAACAACUUUAGAUCAGGUUUUUGUGAACUUUGCUAAACAGCAGAUGGAGGAUGAGGAAAUUCCUUUGCAUCCCCGUGCAGCUGGAGCCAGCCGCGAAGCAAAGGUGUCGCCUGCUUUGCGUCAGCAGGCAGUUGCAUAGACUAUUCUUACAGUCACCAGUGCUUAGUGUGCACAGGGCAAAGAUGUGUCAUACCAGAGCAGCACAAGGCUAUAACAAAGGUUCCCACACUCAGUAUUACACUGAUUUUUUGCACCUUUCUGAGCACUGUGCUCUCAACAACAACCCUAGCAACAGCCAACUUCUACUGCUCUACCAAGAACACGUGACAUGACAGUGUCAAAGGAAAGGCAAAAUAGAAUAAAAUCUUCCUCUAACAUGAAGUUGAUUAUAAGAUACAAGAAGAGAAGUCUCAUUCCUCCUUGUUGACAUAUAAAUAGCAUCAAAGACAGUUUCUCUGUCUGGUGCUUUCAGGCUGGUAGGUUCUUGUUUAACCCUUAUGUCAGCUGCUACCAGCCAGCAGACAGGUCCCAAGGCAGAGAGCAUUGCCCAGCUUAGAAGCGGAUUCCUGCCACGCUGAUUCCUGCACAGGACUACCAAGGUCAGAACAUCAGUGCUGGCUGAUGGGUCUAGUGCUGGGAGAUUGCUUCACUGUCUCACCAGGCUGCCAGUGAAAACAGAUGGUUGUCUCAGCAAGAAUGAAAAGAAUUAAUUCAGAUCUCAGACCCAGACAAGAAACAUGCUUUAAAAAAAUUAAUUAAAAUGAUCUCAUACUCAUCUUCAAGUUGCCUCAAAUAGAGGCCAAAUGUCAAAAUGGAGAUUAAAAAGAAAGAGAGUAUGUCCAAAUCUGCCAAAAGUUUUGUUUUCUCGUGGAGACCUGGAAAGAUAUCUUUGUUACUAAACAAAUUUUUCUUCUUUCCUGUGACUGGACAUUAAGUGGGUGUAAAGUAUGAAUAGGGUAUGUGCUUUCUCUCUCCUUAGAAGGAAAAUUUCAACCUGCUUGUACUCCACAUUGCACUCAGUGGGAAAUCAUUUGGCAUUUAGCUCUUUUCUCUGGUUCACUAGUUCACAAACUAGUGAAAAAAACAUUACUGAAAACAAAUUCAUAAUGACAUAUUGCUUCAGUUAUCUACCAGAUCUAACCAUUUCUAAGAAAUCUUCUCUAAGAUAUGUUAUACGGAAAUAAAAUCUGGGUCACGUAUUUCUGCUUUGAAAGUUUUUGUUCUUCAAUUGAUGUAGAUUUUUUUUUUUUAAUAAGGACAUUCUUGCUCUGUACUGUACAAAAUAUUACAAAACUUCAGCAACCAGCUGUAGCCUUCUCUUUUUGCCAUAAUUAUUUCAACUGAUUUCAAAACAUAGUCUAGAAUUUAUUGCAUAUUUCAUCCUUACAAAAAGUUGCAAAAAUCUUUCUAUACAUCCAUUAUAGAUAAAUAAAGUAAUUGUGAAACAAAA